AUGUCCUCCUCUAAUGCCCCGAUAACGACACAAUCCACUAACGACUCCCCCUCCGUCCCCGUCACACCUUCCCCGCCCGCCACGUCUGACUCUACCCCGCCCUCGUCGUCCGCCAUUCCGCCCCCUGCGUCCCCGUCGACGCCCGCCCUGCCCUCGACGACUUCUGCUCCGAUGUCAUCAUCCGCCUCCACUGUCCCCACCUCCACAGAUUUCUCUAUUUCCUCCACUUCGUCCAUGUCCUCGGCCCCUCCAGACACUUCCGUCACUACCACCACCACCGAGUCCUCUGUCUCGUCAGACUCAUCCACCGCCUCCUCCAUGUCCUCCUCCACCUCCACCACAACCGAAUCCUCUUCCUCCACUUCCAUUUCUUCUUCAUCCUCAUCUUCGUCCGACGACUCCUCCAGUUCUUCUUCCUCUUCAUCCGACUCCAGCUCCUCUUCCUCCUCAUCUACCGUACCUCCCACCUCCGAACCACCCCCGCCACCCUCUUCCUCGUCCUCGUCAACAUUCUCCGAACCUCCCAGCUCCACCCCGCCACCGCCCCCAUCAACCACACCUCCUUCCGCGUCGCCCUCUCUACCGCCUGUCGCCCCAUCCACGACUUUCUCCUCCCUCGUCUUCGUCCCAACAACUGAUAGCCGCGGCUCCCUCACCUCAACCGCACCGGCCGUCAUCACCACUACCUCAACCUCGACGCAGGCAAAUGGCUCCCUCAUCACCAUAACCGAAAUAAUCGCAAAUCCUACCCUCAGUCCAGACAACGGGAAUUCAAAGGGUUCAGCUUUCUUCCGAAACACGGGCGCAGUCGCCGGCGUGUUCGUCCUCGUGGGCCUCGCAGCUGCCUCUAUCAUCCUCUGGAUCUUAUUCGCCGUAAGAAGACGCCGCCGCACACGCCGCAUCGAGCACGACACCGCAGUCUCCGCCACACUCGCCGCCGCGGGCUUCCACCGUACCCCGCUGGAUGACGACGACGACGACGGCCCGCUCGGUGGUGGCGGCGGCGGCACGCACUCCCACUCACUCUCGCACCACUCGGAUCCCUACCUCGCGCAGCGACGCUCGAGCUCUGGGCUCGCCAUGAGCUCGAUACCGAGCGCGGGACGGCUGAGCGCGUACCUGGACACCGCUCCUCUCCAGCCAGAUGACAACGAGGCGUACAACCCGUACGCGGACUAUAUCGUCCCUGCUGGCUCCCGCGAGGGGUACGUCUCCGGCACGGGACUCGCGGGAGGCGCAGCGGGUGCCGGUGGGGCGGCCCCACCGAGUGCGUUCCUCCCGUAUAGGGACCGCAGCUCGAGCGGUGGGCUCGCGGAGUUGGGCAUGAUGGGCGGGUCGACGCACGGGCACACGCACAGCGCGAGUGGGAGCCUCGAGCCCCUCCUCUCGUAUUACCGCAGGUCGCUCACGGGCCCGCCCUCCGAGUCGCCCCCAGCUGUAACUACCGCCCUGCCCCCUGGGGCUGCGAACCCUGGUUCCGGGGACUCGUCGCCGACCGCACCGCUCAUCCCUGCCGGGAACCCGCCUCCAUAUGCCUCCCAGACCCAGACGUCUAGUACCCCUGCGAGCGGUGUGCCGUUCCCGACGGGUCGUCCGGAGGUGGUGAGGAACCCUACGUCAUCGGUGUAUUCGUCGGAGAGUACGGGAGAUGAUAGGCUCGAUCCUGGGCUGAGGAGGCGCAUUCAGAACGACGGGGCGUCGACGCAUGACUUGAGGGAUAAUGAGGACUAUUCGAGGCCUGUGCUUGGGGUUCGGAAUCCCGACGCCGCGAGCUUGAUAUCUUCCAAGUAA